AUGUUUGGACUGAAGCUGAAGAAAAAGAAGAAAAAUAAAGCAGAGAAAGGGCUAAUCUUUGCCAACAAGGCUGCUCAAGAUGGUCAGAGUGAAGCAGAAGAGCCACAGGAGGGACCUUCUCAUGGGGAAGGACCAGGAGGAGACUUGAUUCAGGAGGAUACUGGCCUCGCUCCUUGUUUCUUAGCUCGUCCACAGAGAAGAUCAAAACUUUUGACUAAGAUCAAUGAUGGGGAGGUCAAAUCCCAAAACUAUCAAAUUGCCAUAACCAUCAUUGAGGCCCGACAGCUGGUAGGUGAGAACAUUGACCCAGUUGUGACCAUCGAGAUCGGGGACGAGAAGAAGCAAAGCACGGUUAAGGAAGGAACCAACAGCCCAUUUUACAAUGAGUACUUUGUCUUUGAUUUCAUUGGGCCUCAAGUGCAUCUUUUUGACAAGAUCAUCAAAAUCUCAGUCUUCCACCACAAGCUGAUAGGGAGCAUACUGAUUGGCUCUUUCAAGAUAGAUCUGGGGACUGUGUACAAUCAACCUGGUCAUCAGUUCUGUGACAAGUGGGCACUGCUUACAGACCCCAGCGACAUCAGGACUGGUACUAAGGGAUACCUGAAGUGUGACAUCAGUGUGACCGGGAAAGGCGAUGUCUUAAAGACCAACCCUAAAACUUCUGAUGCUGAGGAGCAAAUAGAAAAGAACCUUUUGAUUCCACAAGGGUUCCCAUCAGAAAGACCCUGGGCCAGAUUCUAUGUGAGACUCUACAAAGCAGAAGGGCUGCCCAAAAUGAACUCCAGCAUCAUGGCGAACGUCACCAAAGCGUUUGUGGGUGACAAUAAGGACCUCGUGGAUCCCUUCGUGGAGGUCUCCUUUGCUGGGCAGAUGGGGAGAACCACGGUGCAAAAGAACUGUGCUGAUCCUGUGUGGCACGAACAGGUGGUCUUUAAGGAAAUGUUCCCUCCCUUGUGUCGGAGGGUGAAAAUCCAGGUGUGGGAUGAAGGUAGCAUGAAUGACGUAGCUCUGGCAACUCAUUUCAUUGACUUGAAGAAAAUCUCCAAUGAGCAGGAUGGAGACAAAGGAUUUCUCCCUACCUUCGGACCUGCCUGGAUUAACCUGUACGGCUCCCCCAGGAAUCACAGUCUGAUGGAUGACUACCAGGAACUGAAUGAAGGCUUUGGGGAAGGUGUAUCUUUCAGGGGCAGAAUCCUGGUAGAAAUUGCUGUGGAAAUCCUCUCAGCAGGGGCCCAGGAGUCUAAAUUUUCCAAGGCCCUGAAGGAGUUGAAGUUGUCUUCCAAGGACAAAGACUCUAAGUCAUCCAAAGGCUCAAGUAAGGACAAGGCUGACAAAACCAACGAUGGGAAACCACAGCAGGCUUCAGACAAAAUGAACUCCACCGAGGUGGAGGUGGAAUCUUUUGAUGUGCCUCCAGAGAUUAUACCAGAAAAAUAUGAGGAAUAUUUACUCUUUGGAGCAUUUUUUGAAGCUACCAUGAUUGACCGGAAGAUUGGCGAUAAACCCAUCAGCUUCGAAGUGUCUAUCGGUAAUUUUGGAAACCUGAUUGAUGGAGGGUCCCAUCAUGGGAGUAAGAAGAAGUCAGCUGAGUCAGCUGAAGAAGAGGGCCUUCCUCUGCUGCAUGAAGGAGAAGGGGAUGUGGCCCAUGAUAUAGCCAUUUCCACGGCCUCCACCACUCACCCAGAGAAGCCUCUGGUGACAGAUGGGAACAGGAAUUACAACUAUUUGCCAUUUGAGGCCAAGAAGCCAUGUGUCUCCUUCAUCAGCUCUUGGGGAGACCAGACCUUCAGACUGCACUGGUCCAACAUGCUGGAGAAAAUGGCAGACCUCCUGGAAGAAGGUAUAGAAGAAGUGAAAGAAUUGCUCAAGAUUUCAGAAGAGGCACCAGAAGAGAAGAUGAAGUUGGCACUCAGUGACUUUGUCAGUCAAAGCAGUGCCUUUAUCUCUGAAGCAGAAAAAAAGCCCAAGAUGUUGAACCAAACUACUUUAGAUAAGAAACGACUUACACUCUGUUGGCAGGAGCUGGAGGCAAUGUCCAAGGAAGUCACAGGGAUCAUUCAGCAGCAGAAGAAAAAGUUAUCUCUGAAUGAAAUGAUUCACGAAGCCCAAAACUUUGUGGAGAAAAUCCGCUUUCUUGUUGAUGAGCCACAGCACACCAUCCCUGAUGUCUUCAUCUGGAUGCUUAGCAAUAACAAGAGGGUGGCAUACGCUCGCAUCGCCUCCAAGGACCUGCUGUACUCCCCUGUGCAGGCACAGAUGGGCAAGCACUGUGGGAAGAUCAAAACUCACUUCCUCAAACUUCCUGGGAAACGGCCAGCUGGUUGGUCAGUGCAGGCAAAAGUUGACGUGUACCUGUGGCUGGGCUCCACUAGAUACUCCAGUGCCGUUUUGGACAACUUGCCUGUAGGCUAUGAAGCAGAAAUGCCCUCCAAAGUGACUGGCACUAAUCACCCUCCAUCCAGCCUGCUCUACCAAGCCCGGCAUAUCUUCCAGCUGAGAGCACACAUGUACCAAGCUCGGGGCCUCAUCGCAGCUGACAGCAAUGGACUUUCGGACCCCUUUGCCAAAGUCACAUUCCUGUCCCAGUGCCAGACAACAAAGAUCAUUUCCCAGACUCUGUCUCCAACCUGGAACCAGAUGCUACUGUUCAAUGAGUUGGUGCUGCAUGGAGAUGAGAAGGAGUUGCUGGAGUCCCCACCCCUGGUGGUGGUGGAGCUCUAUGACAGUGAUGCUGUGGGGAAGCCAGAAUAUUUGGGUGCCACGGUGGCUGCUCCAGUUGUGACACUAGCAGACCAGACCUAUGAACCCCCCAGGCUGUGCUAUCACCCCAUCUUCUGUGGGAACCUCUCUGGAGGGGACCUCCUUGCAGUGUUUGAGCUGCUGCAGGUCCCUUCCUCUGGGCUGCAGGGGCUCCCUCCUAUUGAUCCACCAGAUGUCACACAGAUCUACCCGGUUCCUGCCAACAUUCGGCCAGUGCUGAGUAAAUACCGCGUGGAGGUUCUCUUCUGGGGAGUCCGAGAAAUGAAGAAGGUGCAGCUACUCUCGGUGGACCGGCCACAGGUACUCAUCGAGUGUGGGGGACGAGGUGUGAAGUCCUGUGUGAUCCAGAGCUACAAGAACAACCCCAAUUUCAGCGUGCAAGCAGACAUCUUUGACGUGGAGUUGCCUGAGAACGAGCUUCUGCACCCACCCCUGAGCAUCUGUGUGGUGGACUGGAGAGCUUUUGGAAGGAGCACCCUGGUGGGCACCUACACCAUCAACUGCUUGAAGCAGUUUUUGUGUAAAUCCAGAGAGCCUCUUCCCCUGACCUCACAGAUGGAUGGAGCCCAAGUUGAUCCAGCUGUUUCAGAUUCACUAACAGUGUCUGAGUCUUCUGGACUCCCAAGCUCCUCCCAGGAUCCCCCAGCAGAUCACGUCUAUGUGGAUGUUGAACCGCCUCCCACAGUGGUACCUGACUCUGCCCAGGUUCAGCCAGCCAUCUUAGGCGACAUCCCUGACUCCUCCCCUAUGCUGGCGCCUGAACACCAACCUGCUGCCCAGGAACCACCAAAAGAUGGGAAAGUUAAGGAUUCCAGGAAACCUUCUCGGAGAUCCACUAAGAGGAGAAAGAGGACCAUAGCAGACGAAUCUGCUGAAAAUGUCAUUGACUGGUGGUCUAAGUAUUACAGUUCCCUGAAGAAAGCACAGAAGGCAAAGGAGGGCAACUCCAAGGAGAAAAAAGGCAAUACAGAGACAAAACCAGAUGACGUAGUGGUCGAUAUAGAAGAUGGCCCAAAGAAGAAGAAGGACAAGAUUCUCAAGAAGAAACUCAAAGAUGAUGGAAAUGAUGGGAUCCCCAACCUGGCGGUCUUGAAGGUAUAUGAUGGUGAUCUCGAGAGUGAAUUCAGCAAUUUUGAAGACUGGGUGAAGACCUUUGAGCUCUUCAGAGGCAAAUCUACAGAAGAAGAUGCUCUGGAUGGGAACCGCAUCAUAGGAAAAUUCAAGGGCUCCUUCUGCAUCUACAAAAGCCCUGAGGAUUCCAUCUCUGAGGAUGGCGGGCAGCUGAGAAUCCAGCAAGGGAUUCCACCCAACCACUCCAUCCAAGUCCUGAUCAGAGUGUACAUUGUUGCGGCAUUUAAUCUCAGCCCAGCUGAUCCAGAUGGCAAAUCAGAUCCUUACAUUGUGCUCAAACUUGGCAAAACAGAGAUCAAAGACCGGGACAAAUACAUCCCUAAACAACUGAAUCCCGUGUUUGGAAGGUCAUUUGAGAUUCAGGCCACAUUCCCAAAGGAGUCCCUGCUGUCCAUCCUGAUCUAUGACCAUGAUAUGAUUGGGACAGAUGACCUCAUUGGUGAGACCAAGAUCGACCUGGAGAAUCGCUUUUACAGUAAACACAGAGCCAUCUGUGGCUUGCAGAGUCAGUAUGAAAUAGAAGGAUACAAUGCCUGGAGGGACACUUCCAAACCCACAGAAAUCCUCACCAAGCUUUGCAAAGACAACAAGCUGGAUGGACCGUACUUUAGCCCUGGGAAAAUACAGAUAGGAAGCAAGGUCUUUUCUGGAAAAACAGUCUUCACUGAAGAGGACACUGAGGAGACCGUGGAGUCUUAUGAGCACUUGGCUCUCAAGGUGUUACACUCUUGGGAGGAUAUCCCUGAGGUUGGGUGUAGGCUGGUUCCCGAACACAUAGAAACGCGGCCACUGUACCACAAGGAUAAGCCAGGAAUGGAGCAGGGUCGCUUGCAGAUGUGGGUAGACAUGUUUCCCAAGGACAUGCCUCCACCUGGACCUCCUGUGGACAUUUCGCCAAGGAAACCCAAAGGGUAUGAGUUGAGAGUGACCAUCUGGAACACUGAAGAUGUCAUAUUAGAGGAUGAGAAUAUCUUCACAGGCCAAAAAUCUAGUGAUAUUUAUGUUAAAGGGUGGAUAAAGGGUUUGGAAGAUGACAAGCAGGAGACAGACGUGCAUUACAACUCCCUGACAGGAGAGGGGAACUUCAACUGGCGCUUCCUGUUUCCAUUUCAGUAUCUUCCUGCUGAGAAGCAAAUGGUUAUCACUAAGAGGGAGAAUAUCUUUUCCUUAGAGAAGAUGGAGUGUAAGACUCCAGCUGUAUUGGUGCUCCAGGUUUGGGAUUUUGAAAGGCUGUCCUCUGAUGACUUCCUGGGCUCCCUGGAAAUGAACCUCAAUAGCUUCCCUCGAGCAGCCAAGUCUGCGAAAGCCUGUGAUCUCUCCAAGUUUGAAAAUGCAAAUGAGGAGAACAAGAUAUCUAUAUUCCAGCAAAGGCGUGUGCGUGGCUGGUGGCCUUUUGCUAAAAGCAAAGAGCUCACAGGUAAGGUUGAAGCUGAGUUCCACCUGGUUACAGCAGAAGAAGCUGAGAAAAAUCCUGUCGGGAAGGCCCGGAAGGAGCCCGAGCCCUUGGCUAAGCCCAACCGCCCAAACACCUCCUUCUCCUGGUUUGUGAGUCCCUUCAAGUGCCUGUACCACCUCAUCUGGAAGAAUUACAAGAAGUACAUCAUCAUUGCUUUCAUUCUGAUCGUCCUCAUCAUUUUCCUGGUCCUCUUCAUCUAUACCUUGCCGGGAGCCAUCAGCCGAAGGAUCGUGGUGGGCUCGUAG